AUGCGACAAUCAUUCAAGAUUGAACCCGCCAUAUUUCCUCGCGACAAACAAGCCAUAACCCAACUCUUUACUGCAUACACCGAGGCGCUAGGCCUUGACUUGACGUUCCAAGACUAUGAAACCGAGAUCAACUCACUGCCCGGAAAAUACGCACCAGACCGUUGGGGAUGUCUGCUUGUUGCUCGCAUAGACAAUAACGACACAAAAGCUGGCAUGGUCGAUGACAGAGAGCUGCUAGGUUGCGUCGCCUAUCGCGCAUUACCCCCGUCUCCUUUCGAUGCAGACGAAAGAUACUGCGAGAUGAAAAGAUUGUACGUUACCCCACAGGCACGCGGCAGUGGCAUGGGCACAAAACUUGUAGAAACGAUCAUCCAGCACGCAAAAUCGACGCGGUUGUAUCGAGGAAUGAGGCUGGAUACGCUUCCUUCAACGUAUAUGGCGAGUGCGAGGGCAUUGUAUAAGAGAUAUGGCUUUGUGGAAAUCGAGGGGUAUUACGAGACGCCAAUUGAGAGCACUAUUUUCAUGGAGUUGAAGUUUUAG